AAUUUGACUCGGUCUUUCGCUCGUUGCCACUGCGAAAUCAAUUAACUAAAAAAAAAAAAAAAAUCACAACAAACCUCAGGAAAAAAGAAAAAAAUCAACUCCUUUUCGACUGUUUACCCUCGACCUCAAUCUUCCAAAACCCUAAAAUUUUUCCCAAGCGAAUUCUCGUUUCUUUUUCCUCCCGAUUCGUUAUUCAUGGUUAUCCCCAAAUUCUCCUACCAUUGACUCCUUAUCGUUUCCACCCUCAAAUUUUCAAGCAUCCAUGGACCAUCAAGAGCAUGAUCUGUCGCCAAUUCUGGUCCCGAAAACCUCGAAUUCGUACAAUCUUAUGAACAAUUCCUCAGUAUGGCUCGAAAUCCGUCUCAUUUACGUUCGAAUCGCACCGUGCGUGAUUGACAGCGUCCCCGACCAUCUCACCCUCUGCCACCUCCGCCGCGAAAUCGGUGUAUCCCUCGAAAUCAACGGCUGUCGUGUCCCUGCCUCUGAUUCCGCUUCCCUUACCCUCCGCCGCGACCGUCUCAACAGAGAAUCGUCCGAGGUCACUUAUUUAAACACCGACAGCGUUCGCAUCACGGGAGGUUUUGAAUUCGAGGUAUACGAGGAUGAAAAGAAGGUAUUGUUGUGUGGGUCGUUGGAGAGGAUGGAAGGAGAGUGGAGCAUGGAUUGUUAUAUAGCGGCAGCGGCUAUGGAGCCUGGGAAUUCGGCGUUUUUUCAGCCCAAGGUGGGGGUUUCGGCGCCAGGGAUUGAAGUUUAUAUAGCGGGGUGUUGUGCGGGUGUGCCUGUGAUAUUGACCAAGACGAUACUUGUGAGUCCUAGGAGGAAAGGAGGAUCGAGGCUUAGUGGGACGUUGGAUGCAAUUCCGGAGGAUGAGGAGAUUGGCAAAGGGAAUAAUAAGGAUGGCAAUGGAUUGAUUAGACACCGGAAAUUUCAGAUUACAGAAGCCGGAGCUGAAGAUUAUGACUCUGAUGGGAAACUUGGACACAGUUACUACUCUGAAGAAAUGUAUGCCAGUGAGGAUGGCCAACUUUCAUGGUUUAAUGCUGGUGUUAGAGUUGGUGUUGGAAUUGGCCUUGGGAUGUGUCUCGGGAUUGGAAUUGGAGUUGGACUGCUAAUGCGAUCAUAUCAAGCAACUACCAGGAAUUUUAGGAGGAAACUCAGAUCCUCUGCCGCAAUGCCUCACCGUAACAAUCCUACGCCUCUCCCUUUGGCCGUCUCCCUCAACUGCAUCGAAGAUUGCGUCCUCGAACAAGAAUCCUUAGCCGGCGUCGCACUCGUCGAGCACGUUCCUCUCAGUCGCUUAGGCGAGGGGAAGAUCGAGGCGGCCGCAGCCGUCCUCCUCCACUCCCUCGCCUACCUCCCUCGAGCUGCCCAGCGUCGACUCUGUCCUUACCAGCUCAUCCUCUGCCUCGGUUCCUCCGACCGCGCUGUCGACUCCGCCUUAGCCGCUGACCUCGGACUCCGUCUUGUCCAUGUUGAUGCCUCGCGAGCUGAGGAGAUCGCCGACACUGUCAUGGCGCUGUUUCUUGGCUUGCUCCGUCGCACGCACUUGCUCUCUCGCCACUCGCUUUCGGCUUCCGGCUGGCUCGGCUCGGUUCAGCCACUUUGUCGGGGAAUGAGGCGGUGUCGAGGACUAGUGUUGGGAAUUGUUGGUAGAUCUGCGUCGGCUCGGUCUCUGGCAUCCAGAAGCUUAGCUUUCAAAAUGAGUGUGCUUUAUUUCGAUGUUAUAGAGGAAAAUGGAAAAGUAAGUAGUUCCUCUAUAACUUUCCCAUCAGCUGCCCGUAGAAUGGAUACUCUUAAUGAUUUACUAGCUGCAAGUGACCUUAUAUCGCUUCAUUGUGCUUUAACGAACGAAACUGUUCAGAUUAUCAAUGCUGAAUGUUUGCAGCAUGUAAAACCUGGGGCUUUUCUUGUGAAUACGGGUAGCAGUCAGCUGUUGGAUGAUUGUGCAUUGAAGCAGCUUCUCAUUGAUGGUACCUUAGCUGGUUGUGCUUUGGAUGGAGCUGAAGGCCCACAGUGGAUGGAAGCGUGGGUGAAGGAGAUGCCCAAUGUAUUGAUACUUCCACGUAGUGCAGAUUAUAGUGAAGAAGUGUGGAUGGAGAUAAGGGAGAAGGCUAUCUCUAUGUUGCAGACAUACUUCUUUGAUGGGGUUAUUCCAAAGGAUGCCAUUUCUGACGGGGAUGAGGAAGAAAGUGAAAUAGUUGAUGAAAGAGGACAGUUUAGUAGACAAGACAAGGAAAGUGCUUUGCAGGGAUCUACUAGUGAACAAUUGACUGAUGAUAUUCAACCAAGUCCUGAAAGCUCCCUUAAGAAGGAUACCAAUCAAUCUAAGGAGUAUCCUAAUCAGAAUCAGGGUUCAGGUUUGUCUCAUAACACUGCCACUAAAUCAGACACAAGACGUGGCAGAUCAGGUAAAAAGGCCAAAAAGAGGCAUGCUCGUCAAAAAACCCUACAAAAACCAGAUGAACCCUUAAUAUUGGAGAAAGAAAGUACUUCGCAAAGAGAAGAUGACACUGCCAUGAGUGGCACGGAUCAAGCAUUAAGUUCUGGUUCUCGGUCUCCUGAAGACUCAAGAAGUAGGAAAACACCUAUAGAAUUAAUGCAAGGGUCAACUUCCGACCAGCUUCUUAAAGCUAGCAAGAAAGUAAGUGGACUAUCUGCUGAUACACUGAAGGAUGGAUAUGUUAUAGCUUUGUAUGCAAGAGAUCGCACUGCACUCCAUGUGUCCAGGCAAAGAGUUAAAGGCGGUGGUUGGUUCCUAGACACCAUGUCAAAUGUAACCAAAAGAGAUCCUGCAGCACAGUUCCUUGUUGUCUAUAGAAGCAAGGACACUAUUGGUCUGCGUUCCUUUGCUGCUGGUGGGAAGUUGUUGCAGAUUAAUAGAAGAAUGGAAUUUGUGUUUGCUAGUCACAGCUUUGAUGUUUGGGAGAGUUGGACAUUGCAAGGUCCUUUGGAGGAAUGUAGACUGGUCAACUGUAGAAAUCCUUCAGCCAUUUUGGAUGUACAUGUCGAGAUUCUGGCAGCUGUAGGGGAGGAUGAUGGCGUUACUCGCUGGCUGGAUUAGUUUGUGAGCAGAUUUAGGGGGCUAACUUUUUCUUGCCUACUUUGUUUUUUUCUUAACUCUUUCUGAGUUUGUAUUUGCCAAAACAUUCUGUAAAGCAUUCUUUUUACUCCUUGUUUUUUUUUUUUUUUUUUUUUUUUUGGGUUUUUGGAAGCAUCAUCAGGAUUGCACACCUUUUCUCUUGUGGCUUGUUGAGCCUAAUGAUGUAAUGAAUGUACUUUACGCGAGAGGUUUCCUUCUUUUUUACUCGA